UAUUGUGCUGAUGUUGCUUUCAGAGGCAGUUUGGAACUCGGUAGAGUAUUGCAACCAAGGACAGCUUUUGUAGCCACCUAACCAUUAGUCUAACCAUAAUCCUAACAUUAGCAAGCAGUUGCUUAUCGACAGAUAGUUUGUUGAUAGUAUGACCAUCUGUAGAGCAUCUACAGAUGGAAAAUCCAGACAAUCCAAAUAAAGUGUGACCGGUGAUCAUUUGACUUCGGAUCUAAUAACAGAGAGAUGUUAUAUAAAUGACGAGAUGGUCUCUGUGAGUGUUUGUCGCAAAGACAGAAAGGCAGGUGGGAGGAAGUGAGAUCAGGUGGGAACAUUCUAGCCAGUGAGAGGGCAGAUACGCGUGUGAACAACAGACUCCAACAUAAAAUAGAUUUCUCAAAGUUGCCGAGAUGCCACGUACGUCCACUUAUAUCAGUACAUUCGUAACAAGAUAAACAUUACGGAACUUAUAUUUGAUCAAAUAAGUCUCACUUAGCAAAUUAGCAAUCACAAUUUUUGUUGACCAAAUCCGACACUCUCUCAUAGACCUCCAUACAAAAAAAUACCCUCUUGGUCUGCUUAUCGCUGUAUUCUCGCGUGGACAGAUUUUAAUGUGAGUGGAGCCUCUUGCUUCGCCCUCUCUGUUAAUAACCAACCCAUGCUCUUUCUGUCCUGUAGGACCCAUGUGAAGCUGGAAGGCCUGGAGGACUGCAGGGUUCUAGAAGGAGAAGAUGACUCCAUGUCAUACACCUAUGGCUGCCCAGCCUAUAUCAGCCCAGAGAUCCUGAGCGUCUCCAGCUCCUACUCCGGGAAGCAGGCGGACGUCUGGUCCCUAGGGGUGAUGCUCUACACUAUGCUGGUGGGACGCUACCCUUUCCACGACCCAGACCCAGCUACCCUCUUCUCCAAGAUCCGCCGGGGCCAUUGCUGCCUACCCGAGAGCCUCUCUCCCCGGGCCAAGUGCCUGCUGCGAUCCCUGCUGAGGAAAGAACCAUGGGACAGACUGACUGCCGCCGAGGUGCUUAUCCAUCCGUGGUUCCACACCACUGCCACCAACGCACAGGAAACAGGGGUCAGUGAACAGGAAGUGGGCUCAGUGGAACAGACAGUGCCUUCCUGUGAUGUGGAAGAGGAGGAUGAUCUGUUCUGUUGAUCGAUGGGGUGCGUCACCGUGACUGACUCAACCCCUCGAGUGGAAUCGGACCAAAACAUGCUCAAAUGUUACCUUCAAGAGGGUUUACAUUUUAUUUUGAUUUGUUUUUGGAUAAUGGUGGUAUACUGUUGUGUAUGUACCUCAGACACAAGUUUAUAACUCAAAAGUACUGUAGUGUUUCAUCUAUGUGUGUUAGAUUAAGGGAAUUGUGUGAAGUACUCCACCAUCAUUGUGCGUUGUGUUCACAAGAAGUAAUUUGGUGCUAAAAACCAGCUCACCGUCACAUGAUGAUGUUUUAUUAGAGUAGAUUAAAGAUACAAUCUGUUGUUCAAACGACACCCUGACACUGUUUUGAUAAAUAGCUGUGGGAAUAACAGAGUAGAAACUCAGGGGCUAAUAGAGGUGUGGGAAAGUGUAUAUUAGUACCCUUAGUACUGAACUGACAUCUGACUAUUUCUACGCUGAGUACUGAACUGAUAGACUAUUUCUACCCUGAGUACUGAACUGAUAGACUAUUUCUACGCUGAGUACUGAACUGAUAUCAGACUAUUUCCACGCUGAGUACUGAACUGACAUCUGUCUAUUUCUACACUGAGCACUGACAUCGGACUAUUUCUACGCUGAGUACUGAACUGAUAUCUGACUAUUCCUACCCUGAGUACUGAACUGACAUCGGACUAUUUCUACCCUGAGUACUGAACUGACAUCGGACUAUUUCUACCCUGAGUACUGAACUGACAUCUGUCUAUUUCUACGCUGAGUACCGAACUGACAUUUUACUUUUUCUAUGCUGAGUAAUGAACUGAUAGACUAUUUCUACGCUGAGUACUGAACUGACAUCUGUCGAUUUCUACCCUGAGUACUGAACUGACUAUUUCUCCCCUGAGUACUGAACUGAUAUCAGACUAUUUCUACCCUGAGUACUGAACUGACAUCUGUCUAUUUCUACGUUGAGUGCUUAACUGGCAUCUGACUAUUUCUACCCUGAGUACUGAACUGAUAUCGGACUAUUUCUACCCUGAGUACUGAACUGAUAUCUGACUAUUUCUACGCUGAGUACUGAACUGAUAUCAGACUAUUUCUACGCUGAGUACUGAACUGACAUCGGGGCUAUUUCUACGCUGAGUACUGAACUGACAUCGGGGCUAUUUCUACGCUGAGUACUGAACUGACAUCUGACUAUUUCUACCCUGAGUACUGAACUGAUAUCUGACUAUUUCUACGCUGAGUACUGAACUGAUAUCAGACUAUUUCUACGUUGAGUACUGAACUGUACUGUGAUUACUGCUCCUCCUUUCAAAUCUGAGGUUCAAUGGCUCCAUCGCCAUGGUUAGUCUGUCCAUUUGGCAGCCUGUUACCUUUAUAGGGCACCACAACCCUUUGGGCCCUGGUCAACAGUAAUGAAUUACAUAGGGAGUAGGGUUCCAUUUGUGAUGCCGACUAAGACAGUGAUGUUGCCUCUCUUUAAAGUCCAGCAGUCAUUUUCUUCUCGUCUGUUGUGGCCCAGGUAGUGUUUCCUCAAUGUUGUUUGGCCAAAUUAAUCUACAAUCAACUAUUGGUUUUAUUAGGCCUUUCAUUAUCUAUUGUUUUAUUUGAUCUUCUGAAAAGCUGUUUGACGUAGGGUGAACCACGUAUAAACUCGAUGUAGACUUUAACUGACAGGCGUGCACAGCAUUUAUAGUGCGCUGUGAAUGAAGUAUUUGUGGCACAUUCUCAAAGCUUGACCACGUAGGUUAAAGAGGAAAUAUGAUUCAUUGUAAAAACAUGUAAAUAUGUAUGUGGAGAAAUGUUAUAAAAUAUAUAUUUUAUAUUCAGA